AUGUCGAAUUACGACUUGGACAAUCCCGAACUUUAUGUUGAACUUCUUUCUCACUCUUCUCGCAAUGAUUCUUGCCAUCAUGUACACAAGACCAAAAGUUGCCCUGAACCACUCCAAUCGGCGUUGGAGAUGGACGACCGUCUACAAAAGAGAGUUAAAAGCCUCGUCAACGCCCCAGCGAACGUGAUAGUGAAAGACCCCAGGAACCAUCCAGCUGUGGCAGCUCGCUUAACCCAAAAAGAUCAGAAAGAGGAACUCAACCUUCACAUCUACUACACAUUCAACGAUACAGCUUCAGAUGAAUACAUUCUUUCGAUUAGCAAAGCCCAUCUCUCCUACCUCCUCGACGAACUCCGUUCUGCGGCGCUCCAAGAGUCCCCACCUCCUUUCCAAGUCAUGAACUAUCCCCUCCUACAAACCCUUUCCUGGAGUGCGACUCUAAAAUAUCUCUCGAACUGGGAGCAGAGGGAUGUUCUCAACGUGGCGUUUGGAGAGAAAAACGUUCUUGAUUAUCGGCUCAUGUGCUCAGUGCUCGUAGGCGUGGAAAAGCUUUUGGAUACUCUCGACGAGAGAAAAGGCCACCUCACCAAAGAACAACGGGCCGACGACUUGCCCCUCGACGGCCAACACGAUUCUCUCCUUACCCUACAGGAAUGCAAUGGUCUCCUCGUUGACUAUAUGUUGCUAACGAAGCACAACCUCCUCCCUAAUGAUCAUAACCCAGGUGAUUACAAAAAGCUGGAGGCCCUAGAUAUGUAUCUCAAGGUCGCUGGCCUCACCACGGAGUUUGCCCGAUGGGUACCCAAAAUAUUCAAGCUUUUUCAGUCAACGGCACUCCUGAUGGGCCUAUCAUAUUCAAAACGGCUGAGCCGCAUCCUGUCUGGCAACAUUGUCUUUCACCAGGUCCCUAACUCCCCUCCUACACGCUCGCACACCAUCUUCACCAGAAUGGACCUAGUGGAGAUCAUGAAUCACAUUAUUUCCGAGCACUCACCCCUUCCUGACGACCUACCCAAUGACGCAACAGAUUUUAUCGACCUUAUAUUGCUCCCCAGGCUCGCCAUCAUCAACAGCACACGCAGGCCUCACUUCACAGUCCAUGUGGAGCUUGCGCUUGCACUCCAUCUCCAGCAACUUGGAUUAGCAUCAUUCACUUACCCGUUUUUGGGGCUGUCCAAAUCAUCUUGUACUGCGUGCGUUGAGCUGAUGUCACUCCUCAACAACUCUCAGUUUCAGUCUCCUGUCUGGCUAACAUCUGGCACUCACCGCAAGAUAUACCGAUCAUGGGUUUAUCCCAAUCAUUCUAUUUCUGAGCCUGGAAUCAAAAUCGAGUUAGCCCGUCGACUUCAGGAACUGCUCUUCCAGGAUUUUGUUGAUUUUUCUCGUGGUCAAAUGGCCGGGCGGUUAUCGGAUAGCAGCAUCGAGUCACAAGGCAUAACAAUCCGUCAAGAAAAUGAGCAGUUCGCGAAGGUCGUGAAGGACAGGGAGGCCCAGCUUGAACAGUUUCUAGCAGAAGAGAUGAUUAGGGGUCUCACCCCCCACACAGGCUCAAUCAUCUCAACCUUGAUCAUGGACGCCUGUUACACUAGCCAUAAUAGCAGACUGAGAAGCUUGAAGAAUUAA